AUCGUGUCUUAUAAAUUGGGGAGACAUCGCCUUCGUGAGGAGGAAAAGUGGCCGUGGCUUAAAGGGAAACAAAGGUCGGUUGCAGCCUGCACCAGAAACAUGUCUCACAUAGCUGUGGAGAGAAACAGGAGAAGACAGAUGAAUGAGCAUCUCAAAGUUUUACGCUCUUUAACCCCAUGCUUUUAUAUCAAAAGGGGAGAUCAAGCAUCUAUAAUAGGUGGCGUUAUAGAGUUUAUCAAGGAGUUGCACCAAGUUCUACAAUCUUUGGAGUCCAAGAAAAGAAGGAAGAGUCUAAGCCCUGGCCCUGCUCCUAGCCCAAGACCAGUACUACUACUGCAGCCAAGUACCCCUCAGUUUGAUAGCAGUACCUUUGGGUUUGAAAAUGUUAAGGAACUAGGAGCAUGCUGCAACUCUCCAGUUGCAGAUAUCGAAGCAAAGAUUUCAGGAUCGAACGUGGUCUUGAAAAUUGUCUCACGUAGAAUUCCUGGACAAAUCGUAAGGAUAGUCACUGUGUUGGAAAGGCUUUCGUUCGAGGUUCUUCAUCUGAAUAUCAGUAGCAUGGAGGAUACUGUUCUAUACUCCUUUGUCAUUAAGAUAGGGCUUGAAUGUCAGCUGAGUGUGGAGGAACUAGCAGUGGAAGUUCAGCGAAGUUUCUGCUGCUCAUGAGACAGUACCAAUAAUAUUUUAUGCAAACGAGAUUUAGUUUCUUUUGGGUCAUGACGUCCUAGCUUAUAAAUUUCAAGGUCUGUUAAAAAAUUAUUAUAAUACGCAUAUAU